AUGAAUAAUGAUGAUCGUAUUUCUCAUUUAAAUAAUUCAUCAUCAUAUAAACCGACAAACAUACAAAACAUUUCAUAUUUAUCAACAUCUAUUUCGAACAAUAAACAGGAUUCUAAUUUAUUGAAUCCAUUACAUACAAAUCGUAGAAAAUCAAUUAUACCUUCCUCUCAUUUACCUACAAAGUUAUACAAAUUACCCGAAAUGGAUAAUGAAUCGGAUAAUUUAUCGCAUAAAAAUUUUUCAUUAGAAGAAACAGAAAAACAAUUUAAACUCAAUACUAACCUUACUACAACAAGUCAAACAAACAACAUUAAUGAUAACAACGAUAUUUUGUCGAAUGAUAUGGUAGAAAAUAAUACUGAUUAUGAAACAAAUGAAGGUGAAAAUAAUUUCGAACUAUUCAUUCUUAAAAAUUUCACACGAUUUUCUGGUGAACAAGAUGUCAAUAUUUGGUUGGAUGAAGCCGUGGAUAAAUUUGACCGAUCGUUAAUUACAACAAACCUACGUUUUGCUGCAAUUCCGUUAUUGGUCAAAGGACAAGCACAUAAAGUCUAUCUUAAAAAUAAACGAAAUAUUCAAUCCUUCGACGAUUUCACUGAACUUUUAUUAUCAUAUUUCGAUAAAAAUGACAUCCAAUUAACUGUUAAUAAUUCACAAGAAACUCUUUCAUCACAUUCUAAUUUAACUCAUCAAAUUAAAUCGUCCGACGAAAAAACUUUACCAACUAUAAAUACUUUCGAUAAUACUCAUUUUUCUGAAAAGCCACCGAAACAUCAUUCAACUCAGUUGAACGAACCUAGUGCCGCUGCAAUACGUGGCGAGUCACUUGUCUCGCAAUCAACAUUAAAUUGUACUAACACCCGCUCUAAUACGAAUACAUCAUACUCCGAUGAUACAACUAAUGUAGUUCGUAAAGCUUUAUUACAAAAUUUAAUAAAAAAUCCAAAAACUUUUCAAGGUGGCAAAGAUGACGUUAUGAAAUGGUUAGAUGAUAUUGAACAUUUAUUUGAUGUAGCGCAUAUCUCCGAUAUAAAUAAAUUGGAUUUAAUAUCAUAUUCACUUCGAGGUGAAGCACUUCGAUGGUUCCAAAAUAUUAAAGAUACAUUAACCUCAUGGGAAAUAUUUGUAUCUGAAUUAAAGAGAACAUUUACUUCAUCUUAUCACGCGGAAUUAGCAUUUAAAAAAUUAGAAGCUUAUACUCAAGGAGCAAAUCAAUCAAUCCGUAAUUAUUACAAUGAAGUUAUUAAACUUUGUAAAGAAGCUGAUCCAGCUAUGAGCGAAUCUGCUAAAUUACGCUAUCUUCUCAAUAAAACCAAACCAACAAUUCAAUUUGAAGUUCGUAGAAAGAAACCUACAACUCCCAAAGAAUUUCUCGAAUAUGCGAAAGAAACUGAAGAUCUUUAUCAAUUAUCAAAUCUCAGUACUAAUACUCAACUUAAUACUACUAUUAAUACUACCACUAAUACUACAUCACCUACAUUACCAUUUACAUCACCUCCAUCUAUGAUUCACAAUUACUCCAAUUCUUUUUCAACGAUGUCACGACCACAAAAUUGGAAGAAAUUUGAUAAUAAUUAUCCCACUCAUUACAAUAAAAAUAAUUUUCAUAAAUCAUAUCCAUUACCCUCAUAUAAUUCAUCAUCUCAACCCCGUCAAUCAACAUUUUCAUCCACGAAAUCACUUAUACCAUCACGAUAUUCACCAACUAUCCCUUCACAACGAUUUCGUGUUAAUCACCAACAAUCAUCAAAUGCUUAUAAUACAAAGAAUAAUAAACAACCAAAUACUCAACAACGUCCAAAGACGUUUUCUCAUAACAAUCCACGACAAAAUAAUGUUAGUAGUUUACUCCCAUUAGAUAAUUUCAUACAACCUACUUCACAACAAUCAUCUACACCUACUAAUUAUUGUACUCAAUCACCGGAGACAUCGAAUGAUGGCGUUGCCUCCGGAUAUAAAAAACACAAUCCAUCAAAACCUUCAUUAAUUAUUCUUACAACAUUAGUUAAUAAUCAAAAAUUACAACUCUUAGUGGACACCGGAGCAACCACAACCUUUAUUAACCACAAAUCAUUACAAAAACUCCAACAUUAUAAUUUCGUCAAAAAACAUAUUCAUUCAUUCGUUUUAGCUGAUGGUUUAGCACCUUUUUACGUAUUAGGUACUGUUGAAUUAUCAAUAUUAUUUGCAAAUCAAAAAACUACAAUUCAAGCACAUGUAGCUCAAAAUUUAUGCACCGAUAUAAUUCUAGGAAUGGAUUACAUUACCCGCUAUAAUCUCACAAUCAACACAAAACAUCAAUUGAUUUCUAUCGAGAUCCAUGAUCGUCGAUACUAUAUGAACAUCAAUCAAAAUUAUCCAUCUCAAUUUAUUCCAAUAACUUUAUCAAAAUCUUUACAUCUUCCUCCUAAUAGCAAUCGUACAGCUAAAGUUUCCAUUCCUAUUUCCUCUAUUAGUUCACCAUUUAUUCCUCAUCAACACUUUACACUAAAUAGUGCGUUAUAUAUUCCACAUAAACUUCUUCAAUUUUACAAUCAUUUUUCUACUAUAACAUUAUCUAAUACAACUCCUUAUCCACAAUACGUUACUAAAGGCAUUUGUAUUGGAUUCUUAUGUUCUUAUACCAUUCGACAUCAACAUUCGCACACUUCGAUUUCUACGACUAAAUUAUGUGGUGCCGCCGGAUCUUUUGGCGAGAAACCAGUCUCUCUUGACUUAGUCGCAGAUACUUCAAAUAAUCAUUAUUCGAACAACUCUUCGAAACGUUUUCCAAUACACAAUAAGUCUUAUACCAAUACCAUUACAAGUCCAACUGCCUGUAAUACAAUUCCUCCGAUACAUCCACAGGUUGAUAAGGAUAUUCGUGAAUUAGUUACCAAAAUACAACAUAAACAAUAUCAUGAUGAUCUUCUCACACUUAUAUUCCGUUUUCAUCAAAUUUUUAAUACAACUAAACAUAAUAUUGCUGAUACUCCAAUUCAUCACGUUAUUAAUACCAUCCCACAUAUACCCCCAGCUUGCAAACCAUAUCCACAACCAGAUAAAGAAGAACCAAUGUAUGCUAUUAUUCAAGAAUUUUUACAAGCAGGGUUAAUCGAAGAAUCGCAUUCUCCAUAUGCAGCACCUGCUAUCCUUGUCAAGAAAAAAGAUGGUUCUUAUCGUUUCGUAGUGGAUUAUAAAAAAUUAAACUUGAUCACCAUCAAAGAUUCCUCACCAUUACCAAAUAUGGAAGAAUCUAUUAGAAAGCUUGGUCAAGGUUACAAAUAUUUCAGUAAACUGGAUUUAAAAUCGGGUUUUUAUCAAAUUCCAAUUAAUGAAGCUGAUCGUGAAAAGACCGCAUUUGUUACUCCAUUUGGUCUUUAUCAAUUCAACGUAUUACCUAUGGGUCUAAUUAAUUCACCACCAACAUUUCAAAAAGUGAUGAACGAUACGCUGAAACCAUGCCGACAAUUUUCUCUGGUUUAUCUUGAUGACAUCAUUGUCUUCUCAAGAUCUUACGAAGAACAUAUGAUACAUCUCGCACAAGUUUUUUCGGCUUUAUCAUCAAAACAUUUUGUACUUAAUCCUCCAAAAUGUGAACUUAUGGUUCCAACAAUUAAUUAUCUUGGACAUACAAUUAGUGAGAAUAGAAUUACACCAAUGAAUGAAAAAAUACAAGCUAUUCUCAAUAUUAAAGAACCAAACACAUUAGCUCGUGCAAACAAAUUUAUUGGUGCUUUAAGCUGGUACAGAAAGUUUAUUCCAAACUUUGCCACUAUAGCCGCACCAAUACACGCCGUAACAAAUCUUAAUAAAAAUGACCGACGUAAAUUCAAAUGGACAUCCGCACAAUCCAAUGCAUUUCACCAACUUAAACAGAUGCUAACAACUGCACCAUUAUUUCUUCAUUUUCCAGUCGAUAAUCAACCAUUUAUUUUAACGACUGAUGCAAGUGAUUUUGGCAUUGGAGGUGUUUUACAACAAGAAGUCAAUGGUCAAUUACGAAAUUUAUAUUAUCAUUCCCAAUUAAUGACUCCUUGUGAACGAAAAUAUAGUCCCAUUGAAAAAGAAGCCUUGGCUAUUUACAAAUGUUUUGCUCGUAUGAGACCAUAUUUACUUGGUCGAUCUAUUAUUGUCAAAACAGAUCAUUGUCCAUUAUGUAAUAUUAUGAAGAAAACCGUACGAAAUGCACGAGUCGAUCGAAUCUCUCAAUUGAUCCAAGAAUAUAAUAUUGAAAAAAUUAUUCAUAUAAAUGGUCGUGACAAUUGUUUACCUGAUUAUUUAUCUCGAUAUCCUCGCGACCAAGACGAUGAUUUAUUUGAUAUUGAUUACGGUAUUGGAAUGCAAUGUUAUUGCGUCCACGAAAAAAAUAAAAACGAAUCAGUGAAAGCUACAGCGAAUGUUGAUGCUUUCGUCCAUACUGAUCCUGAUACUACUUUAGAUACAGAUACUGAUGUAUCAAAUACAAAACCCAUACCACAUAAAUUUUCUUCUAAUUAUUUUGACACAAAUAAAUUACAACAAGAACAAGCUCGAGAUCCCAAUAUACAAAACAUUAUUCGUCAACUUCAACAAAAACCGAAUAACUUACCUUUCAUUUUUAAAGAUAAUCUCCUUCGUAAAUUAAUUACACAUACGUCUCAUUCAAAAACUAACUUCGAUGUUAUUUAUCUUCCAUCCUCCAUGAUUAAAUCACUUCUUUAUGCCUGUCAUAACGAUCCAAUGACUGGAGGACAUUUUUCCGUUGAUCGCACAUAUAACAAAAUCAAAAAUCUCUAUUGGUGGCCUAGAAUGAAAUUAUCAAUUUUCCAACAUAUUAAAUCAUGUCUUUCAUGCCAACAAUAUAACAUUAGUCGCCAGAAACGACACGGUCAACUCCAUCCGAUUCCCCCACCUGAUGGUCCAUUUCUACUAAUCGGUAUCGACUUUUGUGGCCCACUUAAAAGAACACCGCGUGAAAAUCAGUACGUACUCGUUAUAACUGACUACUUCACGCGACAUAUAACCGCCAUCGCCUUACCGAAUUGUACAGCAGAAACGACCGCUCAAGCUUUAUUCAAUGAAUAUUUUUGCAAAUAUGGUAUACCAAGUACUAUCAUCAGUGAUCAAGGACCCCACUUUCAAAACCAACUUAUGCAAAAUAUUCAAAAAUUAAUCGGAUACAAUCAUAUAUAUAGUACGCCAUACCAUCCUCAAACCAAUGGCAUUGUUGAACGUUUCAAUAGUACAUUCGUCCCACAAAUCUCCAAGUUACAGGAUACUGAAGAUAACAAUUGGGAUGAAUACCUACAAGCUGUUGUAUUUGCAUAUAAUUCUGGUGUACACAAAACCACCAAAUAUUCUCCUUAUGAACUACUUCAUGGCCGUCAACCCCGUCUUCCUAUUCAUGCACGACCCUCACAUUUUUCAUUUUCCAAACCCAACGAUUACUUUACCCAAUUACAAAAAACUUUACGUAUUUAUCACCAAGCAGCAAAAUAUAACAUUAUACAACAACAGCAAAUGAAUAAAAAUCGAUAUGAUCAAAAUCGUCUCGAUCCACAUUACAAUAUCGGUGAUAAAGUUUUAACACGUAUUUACGGUGUUAGAGGAAAAUUAGAUCCAAAAUUUUCUCCCAUACCAAAAAUUAUUAUUUAUACCAAUCAUCCCACUUAUAUUGUUAAAGAUACUCAAACAGGAAUACAAUCCCAAGUUCAUGUUGCGGACCUACGACCCGUUUACAUUGAUUAA